AUGACGACGACGACGACGACGAUAGCAAAUCUCCCGGAGGUUUUGGUAGAGGAGAUCGUGUCUAGGGUUCCAGUUACGUCUCUUGGACCAUUCCGAUCGACUUGUAAAAAAUGGGAGGCCUUAUCGAGAACUCAUCUUCUAGGCGCAGCAGCAACCGCAACGAAGCAGUUAAUAGGGUUCGUCGUUGUUGAUUACUCUGUCUGUUCGAUGAAACUUGAUGUACAUGGAAUCAUCAACACCGACGGCAACGGUAUUGUUGAUUUAUCAGUGAACCAAGUUGGCGAAUUUGAUGGAAUCGAGAUUGCUCAACUCCUUCACUGCGACGGCUUGUUGCUUUGUGUCCUCAACGACAACGUCAGAAACAGCAGGCUCAUCGUGUGUAACCUCUAUUUGGGGGAAACGAGGUCGAUCAAACCUAAUCACGUGUUGCACCGAUUCCAUAGAUCAGGCGUGUUUGGUUUCGGAUACGACGACGGUGAUCGCAACAAAAACCGUAACCACAAGAUUCUGAGAAGCAAACCUGUUGGCGGUGGGUAUGAAAUCUACAGUUUCAGGACUGAUAGAUGGAGAGAUGUUGAGGACUCUCUCGACGAAUACACACAACUUGGUCCAAAACAAAGCUUGUCUUUCAAGGGAAAUGCUUACUUUUUGGCUACCAAGGAAUCUCCAGUGACACUUGAAGUGGGAGAAGAAGGGAUAGAGCCUAUCGAUUCGAUAGAGACUAGAGAUGUUUUGCUCUGUUUUAAUUUCACAACAGAGACAUUUGGAGAGCCUCUGCCUCUGCCGUUUAACUCCGAGGAUGAUGUAGACAAUGUGGCUUUAACCUGUGUUAGAGAUGAGAAGCUCGCUGUGUUAUAUCAAAGCUACAAGUCCAUAGGCAUUUGGAUUUCGACUAUGACUGAGCCCAAUGCUGCGUUGUGGACCAAGUUUUUGGAAGUGGAUUUGAUAGCACUCGAUGGUUUUCCUGGUGGCUUUACUCCUGGGAGCUUCUUCAUUGAUGAGGAGAAGCAUGUCGCUAUACUUUUCGAUCGAAGGCGUAACCACCCAAAAGCUAACAUCAUUGGAGAAGAUGGAGCCUUCAAAUCACUGAAUGUUGGAUAUCAUCCGCCCAGAGACUUCGUUUAUUAUGUUCCAAGCUUGGUGUCUGUGAAAAUCAACAAGCCGAGCAAAAGGAAAGAAAGAGAUCAUUAG